GUCUCUCAAUCUUCGUCCUUUUAACAUCUAAUUUAAAAAAAGACAACUGUCAAAAAUGACAGGACGCGGAAAAGGCGGAAAAGGACUCGGCAAAGGAGGCGCCAAACGCCAUAGGAAAGUCCUUAGAGAUAACAUCCAGGGCAUAACGAAACCUGCAAUUAGAAGAUUAGCAAGAAGAGGCGGUGUCAAACGAAUUUCUGGUUUAAUUUACGAAGAAACGAGAGGAGUUUUGAAAGUAUUUUUAGAAAAUGUCAUACGUGAUGCUGUAACUUACACGGAACAUGCGAAAAGAAAAACCGUUACGGCCAUGGAUGUAGUCUAUGCGUUAAAGAGACAAGGAAGAACGUUGUAUGGCUUUGGCGGAUGAAAAUUAAAAAAAAAAUGUAGGUUGAUUUCUAUAAAUUAAAAUUUAUACUAUUCGUUUUUUGAUCAAUGAUGACUUUAUUA